AUGAAUCAACUUCAAGUAUUACUACACACAGCUUUGAUUGAUUCAGGUCAUAUUGAAAAAUGCGGCUUACUUAUCCGUGAUACUAGUCAAAUAAAAACAACAUCUGUUGGUUAUAAACUCGAACAAGCUGAUGUGGAUACAUUGGUCAAUGCAUUUAAUCAACCAACACUUUUACGCAAGAAAGGUCUUUAUUUCAAUGAAGUCUAUUAUAGUUGUAUUCGAACUGAUAACGAAUCGAUUUAUGCUAAAGAUAAUAAUCGAGGAUUGAUUGUUGUGAAAACGAAUAUUUACAUCCUAUUUGGCACGUUUAAUGACCGGAUGAAUCCAGCGAUAGCAAUCGAAGCAAUGGAAAAACUAGGCGACUAUUUCAAAGCAAAGGAACAAUAA